CAGAUUACAGCUGUCAGUGUCUUGUUGAACCUAGGUACAUUACCUUAAAUUUAGCCCCUAUCAUUUGACAUUUCUAAUUUCAAUAGUCUAGAAAUAAUGUUUGAAAAUGAUCUGUUCAUAAAUGCCGGUCGCAACCAUUCUUGUUUGUGCUGUUUUGUAAAUUAACUUCCAUUAAAGUACCUUAAAAUACUUUUUACGGUUUCAUUACCAAUGUGGGCUGUUCAUUUAUCACUGUAUUUUUAGAUAACUACAUUCCCUUUUCGCGGUCUGUUCCGAGAGUUCCACAGUAGGAACCAAGUAGGAACGCUGGGAGUGCAGGGCAAAGAAGACAAACCAGAGAGAGUGGCUAACUCUCUGGUCGAGACGGAAGCGAACCGAAGCUGAUGUUACUGUACUGAGGAUAUACGAGACCAAUGAUGGCAGUUCUUGGUGGAGGUUAUGUAGUAUCAACCAGUGAUAUGACAGUACCACAAGGGUACAGCUGAAACUGCAAAAGCAGACUUUCAUGGGGGAAUAGGUUUUUUGAGUAAUUGUCUAUUGUCUAAAAAUGACUAUGGCUUUACUUUGUCUUCUGCUGCUUCUUCAUGCGCUGCAAUUGUUGGUGGGAGCCCAAACCGGGUCAGAGAAAGGUUCUUGUGCUCCAUACAAUGGCAAAAUAUGCAGGAAGUAUUUAAGUGGAGCAGGACAGCGAUAUAUUGUUUCACGAGAUGGAGGUGUAGUCAAUGAACAAAUCACAGCUGGUUUGUGGGAGGAGAUGAUUCAUGGUUUAAAAGAACCCUGUAGAAGUGCUGCAGAGAAGCUGCUUUGUAUAUAUGCAUUUCCUCAAUGUGAUAUAAGAGAUUUUGAAGUAGUGCCACUGCCAAUUUGUGCAGAAGAUUGUAUAGCUGUCAAACAUCUUUUUUGCUAUAAUGAUUGGGCAUAUAUUGAAGAUAAAAAGAAGAAUGGCAUCUACUUCAAAUCUCGUGGACACUUCCAACUCCCCAAUUGUGAAGAACUUCCAAAAUUCAGAGGAUCUACACCACCUGCUUGCUCUCAUGCCAAACUCACUGAAAUGAAGACUGAAGAAAUAACUUAUGAUUGUGUCAAAGGAAGGGGUCGCUUUUAUCAAGGCACAGUGAAUGUUACAAAAACAGGUCUGCCGUGUCAGCGGUGGGAUACACAAGAACCACAUUCUUUUAAUCGUCCACCAGAUGUAUUUCCUGAGCUACAAAAUGCAGAAAAUUAUUGUCGUAAUGCUGGAGGUGAAGAACCUUCUCCUUGGUGUUACACUACUAAUCGAUCUGUUCGUUGGCAGCUCUGUGAUAUUCCAAAUUGUGAUGUGAAAGAUUUGUCAAUGGAAGGAUUUUUCACACCUGUGGUUAUUUUAAUACUGGCAGCUGUGGGCUUUGUAGGACUUCUGGUUAUCCUUCUGCUAUUUUUAUUGUGUCUUCGACUUUAUAAACAUUGUUUAGGAUACAAUCCUACCGCUACAGGAGAGGAAGUGAAUAUUGAUUUAGAAAAAUUACCUAACAAUAUGGCGUACCAUACCACUGGUGCACAGUUAAAUCCAAAACUUGAGAAACUAGAGUUUCCAAGGAAUGAUAUUAUAUAUAUCAGAGAUUUAGGCCAAGGUGCAUUUGGGAGAGUAUUUCAAGCAAAAGCACCAGGACUUGUAAAGGGAGAAGAAUUCACACUGGUAGCUGUUAAAAUGUUAAAAGAUGAAGCUUCUGAAGAUCUGCAAGUUGAUUUUGAACGUGAAGCAUGCCUUUUGGCAGAAUUUGAUCACCCAAAUAUAGUCAAACUGCUAGGAGUGUGUGCAAUUGGCCGUCCCAUGUGUUUACUUUUCGAAUUUAUGGGUCGUGGUGAUCUCAAUGAAUUUCUUCGUUCAUGUUCUCCUAGUAAUUAUAUAGUUCGUAGCUCAGAAGGUGAUGGAGAAAUGUUCAAAGAUGUUCAACUGACCCAUGUUGACCUGGUGAACAUUGCUCGCCAAGUUGCUGCAGGAAUGGUCUACCUUUCUGAUCGAAAGUUUGUCCACAGAGAUUUAGCUACACGUAAUUGUCUUAUUGAUGAUAACAUGGUUGUUAAAAUAGCUGACUUUGGCCUUUCUCAGAAAAUAUACUUGCAAGACUACUACAAAGGGGAUGAGCAUGAUGCCAUUCCUGUUCGCUGGAUGCCUCUUGAGAGCAUCCUUUAUAAUAAAUACACAGUUGAAUCAGACGUUUGGGCUUUUGGUGUCUGUCUUUGGGAAAUAUUUUCCUUUGCCCUUCAGCCCUACUAUGGUAUGACGCAUGAAGAAGUUGUAAAAUACAUUAAAGAAGGAAAUGUGCUCCAGUGUCCAGAAAACACUCCAAAAUCUUUGUAUGAUCUAAUGAAAUUGUGUUGGAACCGCAAACCACAAGCUCGCCCUGGUUUCCGAACAAUAUAUCAAACACUGGAGGAGAUACAGUUGGAAGUUGAGAGGGCACAAAGUAGUAGAGCAGGUCCGUAUCCUAGAAGAGUUCAUGUGUGAAUGUCUACUGGUUUAUCUGAUGUGAUGUUACAGCGUGUAUUGAAAUGUUUAAGGUAAUUCCAGUAGUCCAUAUGAUCUUGUACCAAAGGGCACAGAACUUUCAGUAACAAAUAUUAGAAUGACACAGCUAUUUUUAUGAUUUUGAAGUACAAGUUUUUUUAAAUGUGUAAGAGUAAAUUGUGACAUUCUCAAUUUGUAUUUCCAUGUUGAAGUAUUAUUAAAUAUUUAGUAAAAUCAGUUUUGCCUUAAAUAGAAACAAUUUCCAUGAAUUCAUUUGCAUUAUUUUUUGAAAUUGUCAUAGUGUAACCAUGAUAUUCCUUUAGAAUCAAGGAGAGUGAUGAUUUGCUGGCAAAUAAGAUGCAUUGCAUUUUGUCUCCAAAAAUAAAUUAACUGAACAUGGAACAGCAUUGAAUAAAUUUUCUUAUCAACAACAUUUUUUUGAAGUACAAGGGUCACAUUUCUUAAAUUUUGGUUGUCUUCCAAUGCUUUCAGCUUUAAGAAGGUGAACAUCAUUUCUCAAGUUAGUAUGUUUCAUCCGAGCCAGCAAUUACUUUCAGGGACAUGCAAAUUUCCUAAAGAAUAUAAUUGUCAAAAAUCAAAUUGUAAAAUGUGUGUUCAAUAUGACAGGCCACUAAUCUUUCUGUUCCCUUCUCCUGGGAAAACUACAACAGCUAUGUUACUUGGUUGAACUUCUGAUGGAAGAAUAUUUGUUAUCUCUGACAUGUUUUGCCUUAUGACAAGUACUAUAUGUACUGGAAUAUAACCUGUCCUCAGAUAAUACUGGCACCCUAAUUUUCCGGUGAGGAAUCUUAAAAACAAACAUUUUUUUCACUUUUAUUGCAAAAAUUUCUGUACUCCUGCAAAAACGCCUGCCGAUUAACACUGGUUAGAAUGCAAUUUUUAUAAAGCUGCGCCUCAAGGCCUGUCUUUACAGUGGCAGUAUGUCUGGCAUUUCCCAUCUUUCUCGAUUGUGCUGCUAAUGUCACGACUGUAUCACUCGGUGCUUGAUAUAUCACAAUCAUGUGACACUAGUGGCACGCCGAGAAAGACACGAAAUGCUGCAAGAUAUUCUGUAGUGAAGACAGGCCCUAAGGCACCACAUUAUAAAAGCCAAAAUAUAAUGCCAUGACACUAUGUGCAACACGCUUGAAGUUCGCAGUACCAACAUUGACUCGAAUAUUACUUGCACCCCAAUUUUCUGCUAGCCAUUUUUGAAAAUAAUAUACGGGUUAUAUUAGAGUAUAUAUGGUAACUUAAACACUCCCAAAAGUGUUGAUAUUUUAUUUUAAUAAUACAUAAUAUAGUAAGGUUAUGUAAUUUUGCAAAAAAGUCUAUGUUGAGAUUUUGACAGAAAUACAUGUACUGGGAAUCCUUGAGAAUAUCAUUGUGUGUGCAUGUGUGUGUUGUAACCUUAGAAUGUCUGACUGUGAACAAUGCUUGCACCUAUACCAUGAAUUUUCAGCAAAAGCGACAUUCCCAUGUUGAUCUGGGUGACCCCUCAACUGUGAAAUGGAUCUUUUAAUUGUGGGGAGUACUUUAUUUUAAAUCUCUAGAAUAUUUUCAGCAUUAUCUCAAAAAUGACUUCACAUUUUCUGCUUGGAGAGAGCAAAGUACACUUACAAAAAUGGAGCUGGUCAGAUUUGUUCUAAAACUUCUGAAUUUUUGAAAAUUGCGAAAGUUGAACCGUUUUGGACUCCCUUAAACCCCUCUCACAACACCAUUAAGAUACAUUUUUUUUUAAUGAAAUCUGUUUUUCAAAAUUAGAUCUUUUAUUAAUAUUAUGAACAAUAUUUUCAAAAUGAGAAAUUUAGACAAAUAAAAAAAUACACCAACAAAAUAUUUUAAAAAAAUGUUCUAAUUUUCCGGGUAGAGCACAAAGUACUAAAUCACACAACAUAGUGUAAUUUUGAUUAAAUCAUCUUAUUUUUCAAAAAUUACUCAUGUUCUCACUCAUCAUUGAUAUUUAUAAGUGUAUUUGUUAAUAAUGAGCACAAAUGAUCUAGUAUUAAGGUUUUCGAAAGUGUCCACAUUUAAAUGAUCUCAAAAUUGCACAUUUUCAGAAACACUCAAACAUUUUCUCUGAAACUUUCAAUUUUUUCUCUGACAUUUUAAUUUAAAGAGGUUUUGCUCUUCUUUAAUAUUCUGGAAGUUUCAUUUCAUUUAAAGUAUUAGUGAACCAAGAAACUGACAAAAUAUGAAAAAUUAUUAGACACAAUUUCAUCAACAAAAAUAUUACAGGAAAGAAAAGGAAACCAUUGUGUGAAUUGAAACUCUGUCAUUAUUUUGUUCUGUAACAUUCUCUGUAAAGCUAUUUAAGUGUUAGAAAUUAGUUUAUUUAUGACGAUGUAGUUUUAAAGCUAAAGGAACUUUAUUGACAUUGUUUGUAAGGCAAUGAAUGGUGUCAAAUAUAAUUGAGGUAGAUAGAUUCAAUGUUGGAGCCAAUUGCCAAAUUGAGCACAUAGAUUCAAUAUAAGUCAUGUUUUCAUCGAAAGGUCAGUUUUACUUUUAUUGCUAUUUUUUUAUUACAUUAUUAUUAUUAAUAGUAGUAGUAGUAUUUCACAUAACCUUUUACAAAUAGUAUGGUAAUGUCAGCUGGCUUUGUGGCACAGGACAGAUGCGCCAAGUAUGUGAACUCUAAUUCUGUGGGUUCAAAACAUGUAUAAGGUAUGUAUAUUUAGUGUGCUUGUAGCAUAGGGACAUUCCCAGUCCUUCGCGAAACACCUAAAUACAUACACACACACACAUACAUGUACAAGAAAGCCUGUGCCAUUUGUAGCUCCAUUAAGUGUUAUUAGUAAUUGAGCUACUCGCAACUCGCUGUAAUCUUCCUACUCUUUUUAAAAAUUCAUAUAAUAGCAACGUUAACCUGGAUAGCCAAGAUAAGAAUUUUAAUUGAAAUGUGACAUUUGAAUGUUGUAAAGAAUUAUUUCCAACAGAACGUGUACCUGCCUAAUACCUGUGCAGGAUGUGUUGCCUACUAAUCAGGGUGAAAUGUAGUACGUAAUUUAGUUAUGAGAUUUCCCACUGCAUGUUCAUUAACAUAAAAAGUGGUCUUCUUCAAUCCCCCGAAUAUCCUGGGUGUUUGUAAAGUAUAUUCUGAACCAUUCUGUGUAUAUACAUACCUAAUUAUUUGAAAUUACUUCCAAGUUCUUUGUACUCCUUGCUAUAAUAUGAAAGCGAUGUGUCUUAUGUGCUGGCAGAUAUGUCAAUUAUAACAUGAAUAUUUCUGUUGAACUGAUUUUAUUUAACAGUGACUUGUGAAAAACAUGAUAUCCCUGUAGAAACUUAGUAUACUGUAAAUUGAUUUGUAUUUAGUAUGUGCGAGAAUGUCAAUAGCAUAUUUACUCUCAUUCUCAUGAAAGUCACAGAACAUACUAUCAUUAGUAUAAUUAGAUAACAGAACCUUCUGAAUGUUGUUUUAUGAUCAAGUUGAGAUGAGAAAUCUGUUGAUACUUCAUAAUACUGAGCUUAUUCAAAAAAUUGUCACAAGGAAUUGAUGUAAAUUUUUAAACGUACAAGAAUACGUUUGAUGAAAGUAAUUAUUGCUAACUGGCACUACAUUCCAUGAGACUUUUUGAUGUUUGGUUCAAUAUUUGGUUUUUAUUGCUUAUUUUCAUACAUUAAAAUAUUUCAUUGUUUUUUUAUUCUUCUUAUUCAGUAUUAGAUGUUUGAUAUCUUGAAACAUCUAAGAGAUUGCUAUUUUCAUUUUCUUUUUUCAAUUAUAACUAAUUUAGAGAGCACAGUAGUGACCUAACUGAAAUGUGGUGGGAGAGCAAGAACAGCAUUGUGAGAUGGUAGUAGCAGUUAUGCCACUCAUGCUCUUGAGAUAGAGUUCGAUUAAACCACUAUUAUGUUCACUGCCUCCAUUAUGGUAAUUAAUUUUUAUAUUGCUCUGAGAAUGUCUGGUCCAAAUAAAUGCUUUGUAAAUGCUUCCUGAGAUAUGUUACUUAGAAAGUACAGUCUUGAUAGUAGAAUGUGAGAGUAAAUGCGUGCGAGUGUGUAGGAACAUGUGUACACGUAUGUGUGCGAGUAUAGGAAUGUGCGCAUGUGUGUGUGUGUGGAAUAUAUAGUAUAGUUUUUUUAUUUAAAAUGUUUAAUUCACUAUUUUAUUUUAAAUGAUGCUUGACUUGCAUUAAUAUUUUUGAUAUCUCUAAAAGAGUGAAGAAUUCCACUAUUGUAUUUUCCGUAUUCUAGCAUACUAAGUGGUUAAACACUGGAUUAUUAGUCACAUUCAGUAUAUAACCAUGAAGUCAUAAGAUAUAUCAAUAAAGAAUAUGAAUUGUACUUUGAGAAAGUGUAAAGUAUUUAUGUUUGUAAGACUAAGACAGACAAAUACAAGGCUAGUUUCAUUGCAUUGAAUGUUUGGUAUGAAAUAAAUUUUAAAAAUUGAAAAUACAAUUAGAUCACAAGUUUUCUAGAAGAUGGGAUGUAUUAUAUAAUUGGCACAUUGUACUUCCAAGAAAUGCAUUUUUUUUUCUGCUUACGAAGGAAGUUUGCACAAUAAUUGAAUGUGGACAAUAAUUUUGUGUGUGGUCAAAUAAAUGCAACAAUGUUUUCUUAAUAGUCUUAAAUGUUGCAAUAAUACAUUGGAAUCUUAUUAUGAAAUUCACAGUAAACAUAGCAUGCGAAUUUAAUUUCUUUACAGAAACUUGAAUACUUAUUUUUAGCACAGAAAAGUGAGUUCUGAGGAAUGUAUGUUUUGGACAGUUGUUUUUGUCCUGUAAAUUGAAGCUUAAAAUUUUUAGUUAAUUCAUUAUAUCUGUUUCAAGUUCCAUUUUGUAGCAAAAAAAUUUAUCAAGUUGACAUUUUAUAAUUUGUCUUGUUGGAAUUUAAGAUUUUAAACAUUCCAAAACUGGUUGCAUGACAGUUUCAGAACUGAAUGUUUGAGUGGUAUAUGUGUGAACUGACUUCUGUACAUGGGAUUCUAUGUAGAGGAAAAUUUUUCUCUGAAAUAUUACUCUAAGAAAAAACUUUUUUUCAGCUGAUAUUGUGCGUUUGAAUUGGAAAUCCACACAUCUGUUUACUAUGCUGCUGUAUAUACAUAAAUUAAAAAUUGUUAAAUGUACUCCAAUCUUCAUGUUUAUUUAAACCUAUGGUGAUAAUUGCACAUACCUGGAAUGUCAUAAUGACAUAGAUGAAGUUGCUUCUAAAUGAAGUUGAAUCUCAGUUAGAUGCAAUACUGUUUUAUCAUAUGAUAAUUGAUGUGAAAUUUAUUUGAAUGAUUAGGUGCUCAAAAAAUGUAGGUUUUAUAUAAAUAAAGCCAGGUUUUCAUUAACUGUUUGUAAAUUUCAUUUAAUGUAUUCUUUACUCACAAAAAGAAAUAGAAAAGUUUAAAAUUAUAUCAAUGUAACAUAUUUAUUCAAGAACAUGUUCAUCAUCAAAAUUAGAAAAAUAUCAACACUGUUUCUAUCCGUUAUAAGCAAAAUAUUCAAAUGUAAAAUAGCAUACUAUUUAUUUUCUGUUGUGAAAAUAAUACAUUUGACUUAAACAUCCAUUUCUUUAAUUCAUUAUCACUAGGAAACACCUGAUGGGAUGCACAUAAUCUAGGAUAUUAUUUGCCUACUUUCAGAGUCAAUAAAGGUCUGAGUACCAUUGUCACAACUUGCAGGUGUAGUGUUUUGUAAACGAGAAAGCUAGCCUAAGAAAACUCACCCUUCUGAAAAAUAUACAAAAAAUCUGCAAAUAUAUUGCUUCAUCAGGCAGAUCGAUUGCACCUGACAGAAGAAUAACAAUAAAGAAUAGCAGCUUUAUUGCUCACAGGCUUCUCUGUCAAACUUAACCAUAGUAUUUUGAUUUCUCUCAUUGUUCAACGCAUACAAAUAGAAGAAAGGCACCAGAUAUCUUAUCUUGUCAAUUAGCACAUUUCAUUUUUCUAAAACCAGAAAUAUCAGACCAUGUGUAAGAAAAAAUAGAGCUGGAACAGAAACUAUUUCUAUUUCAGCUAUUUCAUUCAAUGUAUUUAGAUAUAUUAAAUUCUGUAGUUAAAUUUGUCAAUAUUGCAAGGAAAAUAUUUUGAAAUAAAGAACAUUCCGUAUAUUUUCCAAAUAUAAGACAUGCCUUUUAUCCAUUUAUUAUGUGUACUCGAAAUGAUGCUUCUUAUUUGCAUACAUGUAUAUCAUAGAAAUAAUUGAUAAACUUGAUUGAUUUUACAUUAAAUUUUGCAACUUCUGAACAUGUUCCAUUAAUAUCACAUGUGCCUGUGAAUAGAGAUUGCAAGAAAUAUCUGGACUACAAAAUUUGUUUAAACAGUAGCUACAGUGAAGAUUUCCGGAUAUUAAUCAACAACAAUAUGAUUGUAUCUUUUGUUCCUUUCUAAUUCUACUAUUUGGAGGUGUGCUGCGAAACAAGAAGUCAGUUUUGUUGGUAUUAGGUAACAUAUAUUAGGAAAAAUACGGUAACAUAUUCAAAAAGUUAUUAGGGUAUCAUAGAGUACUUUCUAAGAAACAUUUGAGUCUUUGUUCUUACUUGAAUUCUAAUGACAUUCCAGUGCACCCAGUACUUGGAAAAUCAGAUAUAGCUUUGAGAAGAAAAAUUAACUGAAUCCAAAAUGCCAAUAUUAAAGAAUAGAUCAUUAACAGGUUCAUCAGUGGUUCCAAAGACUUCUGUUGUGUGUCCUUAUUUUUUGACAUCUUGUUCUUCUGGUGUCCAUUGUAAAUUUAACAUCUGUUCUCUGAGAUAUCUUCUAUUGAGGUGAACUGUUAAUGAUCAAGAUUUCCUUUUUUCAUGUACAAUUUUGAACAUUUUCAUAAUAUUCUCAUUGUGAAUUUAUCAAGUGUUUGUGAAAUUUAUUCUUUGUGUCUUAUCAUGCAAUAGAUCACAGUGCAGGAAUUUUGAUUUAAUCAAGCUUGGGUACGUGUAAUAAAUGUAUUUUAAAAACAGUGUGUCACAUAUCUUGUACAUUAAUGCAAGGUGUUGAACUGUCUUGUGUGCCUUAGGAUAGUUGUGCUGCAUAAAAUCUGUGUUGCUGUUUUAUGUAUUCUAGCUAUAAUUGUAGUGAAAGCAAACUGGCUCUUCACUUUAAGAUCCUUAAUAAUUAACCUAAACUUGUCUUCAGUAUAAUGAAUGUAAGCAGGUACAAGUGUAAUGAGAAAGAAUGUAGGGAUGUGAAGUAAAUUUGUAGUUUGAUAAUUAAAUGAACCAAUAUGAAGUUGUUUGAGUACAGAAGAUAGUCAGAUGAAACAUUUAUGGAAUAGAGAUGGCCAUUGUGUUCUGUGAAUCGUGGUGAAAUAGUGUGACAGGUGUACUCUGCAUUUAAUUGUAUCUUAUUAUAUUGUUUCUUGCUCUAUUUAGAUGGCUAAUCAAAUCUUUUGCUCAUGCAGGCCAUUCUACCUUGCCUCCAGAAGGCAGAAAGUAUUUUCUUAUUCUGAAUAUAGGUACCCAGCUUACUUGGGUUGAAACAUCUUGACUGAUUUACAUAUCGAAUGUGAAGUUGCUUAUUCUAUGAUUGUUCCACUGUCUAAUCUUCCUUUGUGCAAUUCUGCGAUUUCUGGAAUUACCUACUGUGUGUGUGUUGCAAUUUUACAUUAUGUGAUGGGUGUGAUGUGCUUGCAUUGCUUCCAUAUCUUGUCAUUUGUGGUGUUUACUUUUUGGAUGUUUCCAAAUGGUGAUAAAAGUCCUUUAUGUAUAUUGUGUUUGGCGUCGUGAGUAAACGCUAGAGUGCAGAUUUAUAUGAAGUGGCAUAUUUUAUAUUGAUGUUAUUGCUGUAAAAAUUUGACAUGGUAUACUGUAUAUCAUAGUGUAUUGUUCAUGUCCUGUUGUAGAGGAAGUGAGUGAACUCACAAUGAAUUUAGCUUUUUUAAAAAGAAAGUUUUGAUAUAGAUUGUGUGAAGGUACUUCUAUGCAAGAUGAAUUGUAUGAACAUUUUGCUAUUCGUUUGCUAAUAUAAAUGGUGGACUUGUUCUGGUGUACUGUAAAUCAAAAAGACAAUAGUAAAUUUAAUUGCAAUGGUGUGUUUCCAGCUAGAUAAAGUAAGGGCUGAUGUCAGAUUUCGUGUAGUCUAAAUAAAAACUGAAGGUAAAAUCAUCCAUAUUUUUGCAUAAUUAUGCAUAGGUCGAGUUUUUAUGGAUAUUUUCAUACAUAUUUGUCCAGUUGUUGGUACAUAUAAAUCCCCACUCUAGUAAGGACUGAAUUAUUCUAAUGCUCAAAGAAAAGUGUAUCCUCAAAAAAGUCUUUGUUUUAUAAGUCAAAGCAUUUCUUUCUAGUCAAAUUAUAUGUAGUAUAUUUUACAGUGUGCUACUGACUUUUUUUACGUGCAUAGAGUAAUGCAUUCACAUUGAAUGUAAAACAAUAUUUUAAUUCUAAGGUCAACAACUAGACUUCCAUAAACUCGAUAGAUGUUAUUUUUGCAUGUCAACAAGCUUCUUGGAAAUAGUGUUUCAGAACUUAAUAAACUAACAGUACACAUUUGUCCAAUUUUAUGUCUUAAAUUUUUAUGUGACGAAAUUCAUUCAGCCCUUUUGGACAAAAGAAGAAAAAAAUGGGUUGCAGAUUAAAUAUCAGAAUCUCUAAAAACAUAGAGUACAAACAGAAUUGUCUUAAAUGCUUCUUUUGUCCAGAGAGCAACAUGGCACUAAAAUAAAGUCAUUCUCAAAUUAUAUUCUUCAAAAUUUCUUGAAAACAAAUGUGUUAAUAUAAUGUCCCAAUUUCCCUUCUCCUUUAUAACUUAUCUUAUGGUUCCUCAUAC